AUGAUGGCGACAUUGCGUGGAAGACCAGCUCACGCUCCCGGGCCAACAUUCUUCAGCUACACUCCAAAUGGAAGGCAGCUGGUGACCGCAGGGCUGAAUGGCGCUGUCCGGAUCUUCGAUCAUGGUUCUGAUGACGAGCCUGCUAUCAUCGAUGUCACCACAGAGAAUCAUUUGGCUGCAGUGGCUGCCAAUGACUUCUUCAUCAUCGGAAGCGAGACAGGCGAGGUCACCAAGUACAGUCUCAUCACGAAGAGAAUGGACGAGAUUCUGUUGCGCUGUACAGCACCCGUGAGAGAUCUUGCAAUUUCGCCCGAUGGGCAAUGGGUGGCCGUGGCCAGCGAUGAGCACGAAGUCAAGAUUGUGAACACCAGUGACAUGACGAACGUGAUGGUGCUCCGAGAUCAUUUGAGAUCUGUCAAGCAAGUCUCUUUCGAUAUCAGCGGCACAACGCUCGCGGCGUCUUGUACGGAUGGCAUGAUCUACAUGUACUCGCUGAGCUCCGAACAGCCGCAACUCAUCAAGCGUAUUGAUGGCAUGAUUGGGAUGAUCCAGGCGGACUCGGAAACCAGCAUACGAGUUGCAUGGCACCCGGACGGAAGAGCUUGGGCAGUGCCCACGCAGACUAGAGACCUUCAAGUAGUGUCCCGCAGCGACUGGUCACGCCAAAAGGUGUUCAGCGGUGGUCACAAGGCUGAGAUCACAGCAGUGGCUUGGUCUCCUAACGGCGCGCUUCUUGUUACAGCAGAUCUGGACAAAUGUCUGGUACUCUGGGACACCAGGACGCAGCGAGUGCUCAAGACUUACAUGGAUGUUCGAGACGUCAUUUUAGAUAUACAAUUCCAUCCCAAGGACAAUUUCCUGUCGUACACUAACAACAACGGCGAACUCUUCAUUCGAGAGGACUUUGUGCCGGAGUCCCAUCGAUAUCUCCUCAAGAUUGGCAUGCAGCCAUCCCCUUUGAACAGUGAUGCUCUUGCAGAGGUGUCGGGAAAUGUACGAAGACCUCUGGCCGAUGGCAGGAAACCCAAUGGUCACCGAAGGCCUGACGACGCAGACGAGCUGGAUGCACUCCUGGAUCCGGAUGCCAUGUCCGUGGACGGCGAUGACAACUUCAUCGAGGACGACGAUGGGGCAGGAUAUGCCGAAGAACCCAAUCGCUUCGGUAAGCGUGCGGCAGAUCAAAUCCGACAGCCACAGGCGAAGCGGCAAGCAGCACAAAACAUAUGGCAACCGCGGAUUCACGAUUCGUUUCAACCUGGUAGCACUCCUUGGAAGGGCAAUCGGAGAUAUUUGUGUCUCAACUUGACUGGCUUUGUGUGGACGGUCGACCAAGAAACUCACCACACCGUGACUGUCGAAUUCUAUGAUCGGGAGGAACACCGCGACUUCCAUUUCACUGAUCCAUAUCGCUAUGACAAAGCCUGUCUGAAUGAGAAGGGCACUCUGUUUUCAUGUCCACCAGCUCGAGAUCAUACGGCUGUCAUAUACUACCGUCCACAUGAGACCUGGACCGCGCGUAUGGACUGGCGAACGCAGCUUCCACCCGGCGAAGAAGUGACUUCAUUGUCUCUGAGCGACACCUGUGUCGUGGCCACGACUACCGCUGGCUAUCUUCGGGUGUACAGUCUGUUUGGUGUACCGCUGAAGAUGUAUCGUCAGAAGUCGACACCCGCAGUGACUUGCGCAAGCUGGAGAGACUAUGUAAUGACUGUGGGUAAUGGACCUGUGGGAGGUGAUGGCACGACGCGACUCCUCUACACCAUUGAAAACGUCAAGCGUGAUGAAACCUACCAAAGCGAAGAUAUUCUUGCGUUGACUGAGGGCACACAGCUGAGAAGCGUGUUCUUUAGUGAAAAGGGCGAUCCUUGCAUCUUUGACAGUGACGGCGUGUUGCUCAUUCUCCAACAUUGGAGAGUUUCUGGACAAGCGAAAUGGGUACCUCUGCUCGACACCCGGGCGAUGGAUCGCUUGGCCGAUGGCAAGAAAGAAGAGAGCUACUGGCCGGUCGCAGUGGCUGGUGAACGGUUCCACUGCAUCAUUCUGAAAGGUGGGGAGCAAUACCCAUACUUUCCACGGCCAUUGCUAUCGGACUUUGGCUUCAGAAUACCUGUCUCAUAUCAUAUCAGCAGCGAUGAAGAAGAUGACAAGGAGGCCAUACAUUACCGAAGCUUGGAAGAGAGUUAUGUACGGCAUUCCCUUCACCUCUCUCUAUUACGCGAUCUCGUAGAGAACACAAACGCCUCAUCGAAGCAGAAGACCGAGCUUGGACUGCAAGAACGCGAGGUGGACAAGGCUUUACUACAGCUUCUGGCAGUAGAGUGCCGCGAAGGUGAAGAACGUGGUAUGAAGGCGCUUGAGAUUGCAUCACUGAUGAAGGAUCGAACGGGUCAGAUGCUUGAAGCUGCCAGCAAGGUGGCGCAAAGAUUCAAGCGGGACAUCCUGAAUGAGAAGAUUACAGAAUUGGGCGAGCGUCGGCAGAUUGGACUGAGGGACGACGAGGACUUGUGAUGUCAGCCGCACAGAUGUGAACGUGAGGUGGUCAGACCGUCUGUACAGGCCAACUCAUGCGCGAACUACAUCAGCGACCAAGACGCCCAGUGCCUACUUGUUGCACAAGCUGAUCAAGACAGCCACAACGGCUCAUGUCUUGGCUUUUCUCUCCCAGCCACGUUGCCAACGCGGCGCACAAAGGGCCUGCCAUGGCGUGACACCAACCAGGCAACUUGCGCAUGAUCCGCCGUGCCGACGGCAUCGAUGAAACUACAUGUAUGCUACCACAGCGGAUCAGAGCCGGAGGAGUACACGAUUGAUAGCAUGUCGACAGCACAGGAAAGCCCAAUAGAAGAGGCUACACCGCCACUGCAUCAGGGCGUUCGCCAUCUGGUUGGCCGACGACGCCGGCUCAACACAGCAUGCCGCGAAACAGCAAACAAUAUCAAGCACUACAACAUGCCGGUCAGAAGGCCUCUCGGUGGCACAGAUCAUCGAUCAGCUGCCGGACGAGGCCCCGAGACUGAUGAUUGUAUGCCGAGUUUCAGCUGCGCAUGCCUGUUCAUCAUCCAUGAGGCAUUAAGGGGAGCCGGAUGCAUUUGAUCAGUGUACACGCGCACUGCAGGAACAAGUCAGCUACCGUGCCAAGUCUUUCGAUGGCCAUCGUUCGCUUCUGCCGGAUUCCCCAGACGGGCUCAGAGGAUGCCUGCGCUACGGUGUCAGUCAGCAAUGAAAUGUCAGCCUUUCGCAGCCCUACAGCCUGUGGAACAUCCCGAUCAUGUUCUAGCACUUUCCCACGAGCACUUCCGCAGGCACACGACCGUUCCAUGCGCUUUCCGGUGGUCGUGAUUGGUCAGAAUGCCUCCAUUCACUGCUCGGAUUCCUUGAAAUAUCAGGUAGUGCACAACUGUCGGAAAAGUCCCGUCUCGUCCCAUGCAUGUCCAGUUGCACAGAGUGGUGGUGCCUUUCCCUUCUGUUACCCCGUCGUUCGUGCCACCAAGGCAUCCCGUCGGCAAGGCGUUCGCCCGCAAUCGCGAUCCAUAAAGUAGACUUCUCGGACGCUUCUAUGCCUCUUUUCUCUCUCUCGCACUUUUCUCACAACUUGGCUCACAGCACACAAGUGCAAUUCGCGAAAGAAUUGAUCUAAUAUACAACUCUUCAUCAACACAAGAAGAAAACCAUCCGUCGUCAUACAACUACAGCAGUCGAAAAGAAAAACAAAAAAGAAAAAGCACAACCCCAUAACCCGACACAAUGGCAAUGAUCAACGCCUGGGACAUGAAUGGAUUGAGCAGCAUGUAUCCUCCCCCCUACGGCGGCAGUGGAGCCUACGACGAAGAAAUCUGGUGGAUCAACAAUGACCUCCAAAACGCAUUUCAAAACGGCUACUUCACCGGCUCGCAGCAGCAAUUGCAGAAUAUCAUGCAAUCCCUCGCCAUGUCCAUGAUGCUGACCGGCGGAAGAGGUAGACGUGGUCGACGUUUUGGAUCUCGACGACGAAAUGACGCUUUUUGGAUUCAACAAGCCAUGGCUGCUCUGGGUGGUGGUUUCGGAGGUGGUGGAUAUGGUAGCAGAAUGAUCGGUCCCAUGACAGCAGGAUAUGGCGGCAUGGAUGGAUUUGGAGCAUUGGGUGGAAUGAGCAGAUUUUGCGGUAUGGGAGCUUUGGAUGGAAUGGGAGGUGGCAAUGCGGCGGGACUCUUGAUGGGUAGUCCUUAUGGUUUUAUUAGGAACCCUUGGGGUAUGUGAUGAGUGAGUGAGUGAGUGAGUGAGAGCGAGCAAGCAAGCUGU